UGAAAGUUCCCGGCGGCUGUGUCUCACCUUCAGCCCUGGGCUCGGUGCUGCAGGCGGGGGCUCGAACAUGAGUGCGGGGGCGCUGGCGGCCGUGGAGGAGAUCGCUCUUACUCGGGGGCCCUCAGGGCUUGGCUUCAACAUAAUUGGUGGCACGGACCAGGAUUAUAUAGCCCACGACAGUGGCAUAUAUGUUAGUAGCAUAAAAGAAAAGGGUUCUGCAGCAGCGGAUGGACGGUUGCAGGAAGGAGACCAGAUAUUGGAGGUGAAUGGUGUAAAGCUGGAGGACCUGUUGCACAGUGCUGCGGUGGAUCUGUUUAGGAAUGCUGGGGAACAUGUUGUAUUGAAGGUUCGACACAAGGUCCAGAACCAGCAGAAUGGACCCUUGAGCACCAGAAGUGAGAGAGACUCAGAAGACUCUUCUCUAGCGAUGCUUGCCAUCCCAGUGUUAUUAUCUGUGGCAGCUUUUGCCAUUUUUGCAAUAGUUAAAUACCGCCAACGCAUGUGAAAAAAUCCGAAGGGCCAGAAGCAGCUAUGUUAAAUAGGAAAAGUUGCUCAUAUAUACUUAUAAAGCUAUAUAUAGAUAUGAUUAUCAGUAGCCGGUCACAUAGCUCCACGUUAUGGUGUGUAUAUCUGCUGCCUGAAAGUGUAUAUCCCUUUUGCUGGGGGAGAUUAAGCCAUAGGAGAUUUCAUGUACAAUCAUUGUGAGAUUCUAUUGAAAGUGUAUUUACUUUAGCGUGGGGAGAUAAGCAAUAGGAGAUGCCAGGUACAAUCAUAGUCAGAUACUAUUCCAUCAGGUGUAAUGCUACAGCUUUGCCUUCCCUAUGUCUGUACUAAUCACUCCCACUGCUUCUGUCCUCUCUCUCCCCAGUGCAAUGUGUUUAAUGGUAUUGUAUUCACCCCACACACACACACACCUUUAUACUUAAUAUUGAUCAUUUUAUCAUUUCAAAUAGUAGUCGAACCCAAAAACUGACAGAUGGAGAUUUGCUGUCUUGCAAGUCAGAUGACUGGCACACUAGGCUCGGGUACUGCAUUAUGGGAAAUGCCAGAUAGUUUAAAGGCAUGCCUGGUUGGGAAGGAGUUAUCAAGUGCAUGGUUGUUACUUUUAUAUUUAUCAGCCAAAGAUUGUGUUUUUGUUAGUACAUCCAUAUAACCUGACGUGUCCACGAAUGCCUUUAAUAAACAUGCUUAUUAA